AUGAACCACUGCAACCACCCGAAUAUUCUCUCGCUAACAAAUGUGUCGAUUGUUCCCAACAAUCGAGACUUUACGGAUUUAUACAUGAUCAUGGAGCUAAUGGAGACGGAUCUGUAUCGUGUAAUAUACAGUACCCAAGUCUUGACCGAUGAGCACAUUCAAUACUUCAUUUACCAAGUUCUCUGUGGCCUAAAGUAUCUCCACUCCGCCGACAUCAUCCACCGCGACUUGAAGCCCUCCAAUCUCCUGGUCAAUCGAAAUUGCGAUCUCAAGAUCUGCGAUUUCAACUUAGCCCGCGAGGAACUGGGCUCCACGCUCACGGAAUACGUGCAAACCCGUUGGUACCGCGCUCCCGAGGUCAUGCUGUCAUCGCAGCAGUACACGCGCGCAGUGGAUAUCUGGAGUCUUGGCUGCAUCAUGGGCGAGCUGCUGAAGCGGAAGGUGUUGUUCAAGGGGAGCAACUACCUGCACCAAAUCGAGCUGUACUGCCGCUUGCUGGGCUGCCCGCCGGACGAAGAUCUGACGUUUAUCACGAACCAGAAGGGCCUGAAGUACAUCAAGCAGCAGAAGUUCAAGGCGAAGGACUUCAAGGAGGAGUUCCCGGGGGCAUCACCGCAGUGUCUGGACCUGCUGCGCCGCAUGCUGGUGAUCAACCCGCAGAAGCGAAUUACGGUGGAGGAGGCGCUGAACCACGAGUACUUCGCGGAGUUCCACGAUGAGGCGUACGAGCCGGUGUGUGAUCGGGUUUUUCAAUUGGACGUGGAUUACAACACGAUGACGAUCGAGAAGCUGCGAGUGAGGGAAUGGAGGGGCUGUGAGGCGUAG